AUGGAUUUUUCAACGGCUUCGCGGACGCCCACGAGCACGCCCUCCUCGAGUCCGGGCCUCUUCUCGCCGACCACCAAUCCCCUCCGCAUCCCUCUCCCACCGCUGUCCGACGGGACGCCACAGGCCAGUCCCUACUUGCACCCGCUGCAGAUGCAUAAGGUUCGAGAAACCCACAAGGCGCAGGUCGAACAGGAUUACAUCACGGGACGCAAACUGAUUAACCAGUACGAGGUCAUCGAGGAGAUCGGCCGCGGCGUGCAUGGCAAGGUCAAAUUGGCCCGCAGUCUGGAGACGGGAGAAAAUGUGGCCAUCAAGAUCAUCCAGCGUUUCUCCAAGAAGCGCCGCCUCGGCAGGGUCACCGUUUCGCCCGAAGACAAGACGAAGCGGGAGAUUGCCAUCCUCAAGAAGGUCCGCCAUCCGAACGUGGUCGGCCUGCUCGAGGUCAUCGACGACCCGGAGCUGAAGAAGAUCUACAUGGUGCUGGAGCAUGUCGAGCUCGGAGAGAUUACCUGGCGUAAGAAGGGUGCUCCCCAGAUAUGCCUCUACGAAAGACGGCGCGUCGAGAUGGAGCAACGCGGCCUCGCCGAAGAUAUCACAGGGAAUGACGAGAAAUAUUUCAAGAUGAUGGAACGACGACGGCGGCUCAAAGAAAGGAAGCGAGCGGGGCUCUCUCUACAACAGGUGCAUGAUCCGGCCGACUACUGGAGUUUGGAGCAUGGAGACGAUCACGAUGAGUAUGGCGACAUGGUGUCCCUCUCACAACAGAAGACUCAUGGCUCGACACACGCUCUAUCUGCUCGCCAAUCUACUAGUGUAUCUGAUCGAGGAGGUGGCUCCUUCCCUCCAUCCAGGACCCCUUCGCGAGCACCUUCCCGCGCCAGUUCCCGUGCUCACACCCCUCUCCCUGAGUAUGAUAUCCCUCCGCUUGAUAGCGACAACGAAGACGAAACGCCAGGCCCGCACCGACCGAAUCGCAGUUCACUAGCAGCUCUGGAGGGCACCUACUAUGGGUCCUAUCCUGAUGAGCCGCCCAAUAGAGUAAGGUCGCCAAGUAUAAACGAUAGCAUCAUCUCGCGCAUGUCGUCUCUUGAUGAUAUUCCGCAUGACGCAUUCGAGGAAGAUUAUUCGUAUGUGCCGUGGUUCAGUCUCGAUCAAGCUCGCUCAGCCUUCCGCGAUACCGUCCUGGGCUUGGAGUAUCUGCAUUAUGAGGGCAUCGUCCACCGCGAUAUCAAACCGGCGAACCUGCUGUGGACCAAGGACCACCGCGUAAAGAUCUCAGACUUCGGCGUGUCUUAUUUUGGAAGACCGAUCAGAGAAGGCGAAACCGAAGAGAAUAUUUCGGAAGCUGAUGCUAAGGAUUUCGACGAUGACCUUGAACUGGCAAAGACUGUCGGUACGCCCGCCUUCUUCGCACCCGAGCUUUGCUACACGGACCUUGAUAUGGAACAACCGAAAAUCACCGAGCAGAUUGAUGUUUGGUCCCUAGGCGUUACUCUAUACUGCCUCAUCUUUGCUCGUAUCCCCUUCCUAGCCGAUGAUGAAUAUCAACUCUUUCGGUGCAUCGCCAAAGAGGAUGUGUAUAUCCCUAAGCGGCGCCUAAAGGCUGUCGAUCCCUUGUCUUCCACCUCGACAUCGCAGACGAGUCUUAAUAAACGAUCUGGCCCGGUACCCGCUCCAUAUCGAGAAGAUGGCGAACUUGCGUACGAGGACGUCGAUGAUGAACUCUAUGAUCUGCUUCGGAGGAUGCUGGUCAAAGAUCCCGCGGAGCGGAUGAAGUUGAGAGAGGUCAAGCGCCACCCUUGGGUGAUUCGCGGUAUUGAUAACGUUAUUGGAUGGCUUGAUGACACAGAUCCAUCGAGAAGAACCGCUGGCAGGAGGAUCCAAGUUGACGCCCGUGAAUUGGAAGUUGCCGUGGUCCCGAUCACAUUUCUUGAGCGUGCACGGUCAGCAGUCAAGAAGACUAUCAACAAAGUAAUCGGUGUCACCCGGAGCGAGACUAGGGGUGAAAGUUCACGCAAGAGAGCCAUCAGCAGCGCAACCAGUUCUGGGGCGGACGUUCUUCAUACUCCACUCACCCCGGGCAUACGUGAGACCAGACGGAGUAGCCUUCGCGGUGACGAAUCCUUCUUUGCAACGAUCCGCGACCAUCAACAUGAGCAUCGCGAACCCUACGAGCAUCCUCUUUCACAGAGCCUCACAGCUAGCCCAGACUUAUCCACCAGUCCAGGUGAUCCAUUUGAGCGAAUAGCCGCCCAAUAUCCUGCCAAAGCAGGAGCUACCCCUAAAGGAUCCUUUGCAAGUACACCAGCAGCUGCUGAGACAAGACCAGGUCCGCCGGACCGUAGCAUCUCCGCGGCUGCAUCUAUUGAAACGGUUAUACGGAGGAGUCACUCGCACUCAAAAUCAGCGACAAAUGUCCCGCUUUCCAACACAGGAUACGACGAGGGUCCGAGUAGCCUCCCUUUUACGGAUCACUCCGGUGGGAUGUUCGAGGCGUAUAUGUGGCAAUAUGGCAGAGGUCGGGAAGCGUUGGCUGAAAUAGAGGAGGGGACUACCUCCCGUGCUCGUUCAGUUGAUCGAAGUCUUUUCGAAUCUGAAAAUAAACACUCCGAUCCUAGUGUGGCAGUGAGCGCCACUAUUGCUCCAGGGCACGUUGAGCAUACGACGGUACUCAACUAUCGUCCAUCGCGGUCUGCCAACGCCAGCCCGACCAAUGAUGUUCACGACAAGCCUCUGCCAUCACCUCUUUUCUUCCAACCUGCGAUGGUCCACGCCCACCAGUCCAUAUCCACCCCGAAUUUCCCUCAUUCGAAAUAUGCUGCAUCGAAUCUUGAUGAUCGACCUUCGACAGCGAACAAAACUCCGGAGGAGAAAGCACCGUCACGAGCCUUCGGGGCGACCCCAGAAUCGUUUCCACUCGUUCAGGAAUCCCUUAACCGACGACGAGUAGAGAAGCGGGAGGAGGACGCCGAACGGAAGCAGCAGCAAUUUGAUGGCGAAGCAUUUCAAGAAGUUCAGACGACUCCAGAUAUCCCUUCAGCGGAUGACAGGUUCUUCACCCGUAAAGAAGAGGACACCAAGCGAGCACAAUCAUACGACUCAGUAUACUCAACCGGCCAGGCCUCGGCAACUUCUCCAUCAGAUGUCACCUCACCCGUCUCCUCGGACAAUCUUGGUUCUCAAGAGCAAAUAUUUCCAUCGGUUCCAUCACUCCCUGCACUAAUCUCCGGAGCCUCGUCCGUCUCGGCCGAUACCGAAGGGGAAUUCCUUCAACAGCCCGGCGUCACCUGUCAUACCGAACCUGGGUUCACAGCCGAGAGCACUCCGGAAACGCUCACGCCGCCGUCAAUAUCCAAGCAGUCAACAAGGGAAUCGGAAGUUUUGCCGAGGACUAUGGAAGCCAAUGGCGAAAUCCUCCUGAGCCCGGAUGUGGAUGAGGAAGGGUAUAAUGGUGAUGGUGAUACAGCAAGGGCCUGUUUAGCUGGUGAAGAUUCUGAUUCGGACAGCGACGAAGAAGGUCUCACAAUGACACGUCGGAAAAAGCCUCCCGUCAAAGUCGCAUCCCCUCCAAGCGCUAUGCCGCGACGGGGCACAAAUGCGAGUGCAGGCAGCACCGAAACGGCGAAACAGGUUAUGAUGGAUAGCUGA